ACGCAAUACUGCAGGUGUUCUCACGCGUAAGCGAGUGUAAGCGAGUCUCCGGGGCGCGUUCGCGUGUGCCACGUGAAAAGGUCUGGCUUAAUUCUUGGUCAAAAAAAAAAUAAAAAAAAGUAGAGUUGCGUAUUUCGUGCUUUGAGCACAAAGAAGACACUGCAAAUCCCAGGAUUACUUUUCACAUGAUAUCUGUCAUAGGAUAGCAGAACGAAGGGCGGUGUGUUAAGGGGACAUUUGUUUAUUUGACUUUUUGUUUUUUGUUUUUAAACACAUAGUUUAAUAAAAGUUGCAUUUUUGGAUACAUUUAAGCAUGCGUCUGCAGAGUGUGUUUCGUGCUGUGAUCAUGGGGCCCCCGGGCUCCGGGAAGGGGACCGUGUCCAGUCGGAUAGCGCAGAGUUUCGGGCUCAAGCAUCUUUCCAGUGGGGACUUGCUGCGGGCCAAUAUCGAGGCAAAGACAGAUUUGGGCCUGUUGAUGAAGUCUUGUAUUGAUCAGGGUCAGCUGGUUCCUGACGAUGUCAUCUCUCGUCUCAUCCUGUCCAGCCUGCGGAGUAUGGGGCCUAGCAGUUGGCUUCUAGAUGGGUUCCCCCGUACUGUGGCUCAGGCUGAGGCGCUGGACAGCACGUGUAAUGUGAACACUGUUAUCAAUCUGGACGUGCCUUUCCAGACCAUCAGAGAGCGUCUGACGUCACGCUGGGUCCAUCUUCCCAGCGGCAGGGUCUAUAAUAUAGACUUCAACCCGCCAAAGAAGCCAGGUCUUGAUGAUGUCACCGGGGAACCGUUGGUUCAGAGAGAUGAUGACACUCCUGAAACUGUCACCAGGAGACUAAAGGACUAUGAGAGACAGACACAACCAGUUCUAGAGUAUUACAGGAGUAAAGGAGUGUUGGAGACAUUCACAGGAACUGAAACAAACAAGAUAUGGCCUCAUGUUCAUGCCUUCCUGACCAGGAAAAUCCCAGGAAACCAGCAGGCAAUGGGAAAAGCAUGAUUACAACAUUUUAAACAACAGACAUUUACAAUUGUUAAAUACACUGUGGGGUCUCAGCACAAUGCACCACGAUGGCCUUAUCAUUCUACUCUACUGUAUUUGGAGUCGAAACACUCAUAUGUUGAAGCUUUUGGUGUUGCAAUCUGGUUUUAUGUCUCUUUGAGAAAGCACGUUUGUGCCAAAGUAAAUGAGGAUGCCAUAUAGCACAAGGUUUUUUCUACUCGAGCUCUGCCACUUUAAGCAAACAAACUUGCUUAGAGUAUUACAAAGACAGUCAUGCUUAGAUUAACAAUUCACUCCAAAAUGUAUUUACAUCUAUCUGCCAGUAUACAGUGGGUACGGAAAGUAUUCAGACCCCCUUACAUUUUUCACUCUUUGUUAUAUUGCAGUCAUUUGCUAAAAUCAUUUAAGUUCAUUUUUUUUCCUCAUUAUUGUACAC